AUGCGCGCAGUUCGGAAGACAAUGUCGGGAGCUAUAUUACUAGAGCUUGAUAAAGGGACCAAGGCAAGCCUAGAGUUCUGCGAAAAAAUUAGGAGCGCUUUGCAGGAAACAGUGAGGGUAACCGGGCUAACACCGACAACCACGAUAGAGAUAAGGGACCUUGACGCGCUCACGACAACUGCUGAAGUCGAAGAAGCAGUCAAACGAAUCCUUCCAAAUGGAAUUGAUCGAUUGAAAGCCAUGGUCACUAAACCGAAUAAUCGAGAAUUGGUCAGAGCUUGUGUGCAACUCCCAACUAUAGCAGCGGAAAAGCUUCUUGAAGCAGGCUCAAUCACUAUUGGAUGGAUCAUAGCGAAAAUGCGGAUGCGCACUGAAACUAAGCGCUGUUUCAGGUGCCAUGGCGUAGGACAUAUUCAAAGAAAUUGCAAGGGUCCAGACAGAACGACUCUUUACAUCAAAUGUGGUGAACCUGAACACAAAUUAAAGGAUUGCGCGAACCCUCCAAAGUGCUGCAUAUGUUCUGACGCUGGCCUUAAAACCAUUGAUCACAUCGCCGCAUCUGGCAAAUGUACAUCGGUUAAAACCCAGAAAUGA